CCCUCCAGGAGGCAGUGCCAGUAGCAGUACAGUAGCAGCACCUCCUCCGCCAACCGCCACCCUCAAAUCCUAAUUAUGCGUAACGUCUCAAGCUCCAACUCUUCCAGAGGCAUCGCCGCCAUUGUAGGCGUCGGCCCCAAUCUCGGUCGCUCCAUCGCUCGUAAGUUCGCUCACGAAGGAUACACCGUCGCCAUCCUCGCCAGAGACCUAGGCAGACUGUCGAGAUUUGCCGACGAAAUAGCUAGGGAAGAGAAGGCGCAGGUGUUUGCUAUUCGAAUUGAUUGCUCCGAGACACAGAGCGUAAGAGAGGCAUUCGAAGGCGUUCUCUCCUUAGGUUUUGUGGAGGUUUUGGUAUACAACGCUUACCAACCAAUUCCCUUGCAGUAUGGCGGUCCUUUCAAUUUCUCCGACAUUCGCCUCGAUUCUUUCCAAAAAUCCUUAGCCGUCGCGUCCAUCGGUGCUUUCCACUGUGCUCAACAGGUAUUGCCGGGAAUGGUAGAAAGAGGAAAAGGGACCAUUUUAUUCACCGGAUGUGCUGCUUCUUUGUCCGGCGUUGCCGGAUUCUCUGAAUUAUGUUGUGGCAAAUUCGCUUUAAGAGGAUUAUCUCAAUGUUUGGCUAAAGAAUUUCAUCAACUCGGGGUACACAUAGCUCAUGUCAUCAUCGAUGGCGUAAUUGGUGCAUCUAGGGCAUCACAAAGAUUGUUGGCGAGGGAACAACACUGUAGUGUAGGAGGAGAUGGAGCAAUGGACCCUGACUCGGUGGCUCAGACGUAUUGGUAUUUGCACAUUCAGCCUCGUGCUGCUUGGACCCAAGAAAUCGACGUUGGGUCAUCCAGCUUUAGAUUGGUCUAAAAAGUUGCAGUGUACACCUAGCCUAUUAAUUAUUGCUUCUCUUUUUGUUUUUCCUUUAAUAGUCCAAGCCCUUGAUUUUGGGUUUGUUUUUGUUUUGGUUUUUGUUUGUGUGCGCAUGUAUGUAUGUAUGUAUAUUGUCAAGGUAUGAUUUGGAUAGGAAGAAGUUGUAAGAUUCAACCAUUUUUACCUCCA